GAGUUUGGAUGCUUAUGUCGAGCUGGACUGCCGCUUUUCACUCGAACUCAGCACAAGUUCUCACACCAAGUUUCAGUGGAGAAGUGGAGGAAUAGCUGACAGGGAUGGAGCUUUGGAUAUGCCGGUUCUGCUGUGUUCUGUUGAGCCUCUUUACAGGUUUGGCCUCCGGUCUGGAGAUCACAUCAACGGGGCCGACAUCCAUAGAGAAGGCCAGCGGUCAGAGCGUGAAGCUGGACUGCCAGUUCUCUCUGGCCCCUGAAGACUCUGGACCCCUGGACAUUGAAUGGAGCUUGUUGUCGUCUGACAACCAGAAUGAGGACAAAGUGGUGAUCCUGUACUCAGGCGACCGGGCCUACAACGACUACUAUGCCCCAAUGAAGGGCCGAGUCCACUUCAACUCAGCCGACCCAAAGAACGGCGACGCCUCCAUCAACCUGACGGGGCUGAAGUCGUCGGACUCGGGCACCUACCAGUGUAAGGUGAAGAAGGCUCCUGGUAUCCGGAGCAGGAAGAUGCUGCUGAUCGUCAUGGUGAAGCCAUCCAAGCCCAGGUGCUACGCCGAAGGCCCCACACAAGAAGGCAAAGACAUUGUGCUGCGGUGCAUAUCCGGAGAGGGCACCAACCCCCUGCGUUACAGCUGGGAGAAGACCAGCAACAGCAAGCUGCUGCCCAGCUCCGCUGUGAUUGAUUCAGUGGGAGGCACCAUUAACGUGAGGAACGCAUCUGCCAGCGCAUCUGGCACCUACCGCUGCUCCGUCAGCAACCGUGUUGGCGCUGAGGAAUGUACACUGUAUCUCAACGUGACACCUCCCCCCAACACUCCCGGCAUCAUCGCAGGAGCCAUAAUUGCCGUACUCCUCAUCCUCAUCAUCAUCGCCAUCAUCCUCUUCUGCUGUUGCCGUGCCCGUCACAGGAAGAAGUACGAGAAGGAAAUCUGCAAUGAGAUAAGGGAGGACGUGCCGCCUCCUAAGAGUCGCGUCUCGACGGCGCGCAGCUUCACCGUGGGCAGCCAGCGCUCCUCCCUGGGCUCCAUGUCGCCCUCCAACCUGCACGAGUACGCCCUGAAGCCCCAGUACGACAAGAUCCCCUCAUCAGAGGAGUACGAGAGGCCUCCCAGCCAGGUCCCUCUGCCCCCGCCCAACGCCGCCAAGAUGGCCGGCCCCAAUCUGAGCCGCAUGGGGGCCAUACCCGUCAUGAUCCCGGCCCAGAACAGGGACGGCUCAAUCGUCUAGCCUGCCCUCUUCUUCUUCUCCAGAAGGGACCGUGUGCAACAACGAGGGGAUGCAACGAGGAAAGGGAGUAGGACACAAGCCAAUCAAGAUGGAGCAAGGGCUGACUUUGAGCUCUUGGUUAUUCUGCUCCUCUUACGGAGACGUGGCUCUGCUGUGGUGUGAGAAGAGAAAUCGAGCUGUAUUGGAAUCACAACAGAGCACAUUAACUUUUUAUCAAAUACAAAUACAAAAAAAAAAAACUUUUAUGAAUUUUACUUCCUGAACUUUCUCACUGAAAAAUGAAUUGGUGUGGAUAUAUAGCAGAAUGGUCAAUAUACAAAUUAUAUUGUACAUAAGUGAAUGCAUGUUUUUUUAAUAUAGAUGGCCCUUGCUGUAGAGAUAUACUGUAUGUUCUAAACAGAUCCAGGCCCCUACUUGGCCAGCUGUACAGCUGUAUGCAUGCAUGUAUGUAUAAAUCUGCAGCUGUAUGUGUGUGUAUGUGUGAAUAUAAGUGUAUGUCUGUGAAUGGGAAUUUGGGAAGUGUAUAGUUCAUUUAUCGUCUUUUAAUGCCUACAUUACAGUAUGAUCAUUUGUUUCGGACAUUUUUAACUCCAUAAAUUUAUUGUUAAAUGAGAUUCUCUGACCUUUGGGGAAAAAAACCGAGAGACAGACUUCUUAGAAGGAAAUUCUGAUUUUAAUUAAUCCAGCAACUGACUUGGAAAAAGUCUAUUUAGGUCAGCCGUUUGUGUUGAACCGUUUGAUGUUUGAAUUGUCCAGUCUGGCUCUGGGUGAGGGGGAUUGGCUGGUAGUGAGGGGGAGGUUUUGAACCACCUCAUCUUGUGAUUGGCUGGAUUAUUACUUCUUGGACAAGCUUACAAAACACCCGUCCUCCAAAGAGAGGGUGUACUGUAUAGGGAAAUCAGUGGGGGCAGCUGGACAGAAGGGGUUCACUGAGCAAUCCACUUUGAUUGUGUUUGACUGGCAACAGGCCCCUAACCCCUGUGACCAGCACAACAUGCAGCCCCCACCACACACACACACCAAAGCAGGACACGAGUCUUAAUUUAUCAUCAGUAGUUUGUAUCAGUCUGCCCCCUCUGAGGUCCAGCAUGUAAUCCUCCUAUUUGCAGUUGCAUCACUCAUUGCCAAUAUCUUGAUUAACCUUAUCUCUGUGGUCAGUAUGAAAAAUUAAUGGCUUCUGUAGCAUUAAUUGGACUUUUAUAUGAAGGAUGGGAAGUCUGUGUGCAUGAAAAAAGGGCCCACAUCUACCCCUUUUCCCCCAAAUUAGCUCUGGUUCUUGAACUGGUUUCAUUCAGGAUUCUUGUGAUUUAUUUUUCUUCAUGGGACUAAGUUCACCGUCUAAAAAAACACAAAUCAGAUCACAUUUUAUCAUACAUCCUACUGGAAUAACGUCGGCUUUUUCCAAAGCUCUGCAACGUUUUCUUUAGCUUUGUUGAAAGUUCAGCUUGGUGGAAGAUUUCUGCUGAGCACAAUGUGUUUUUAGCAGACCAGCCCAGGCUUCCACUAGUUUUGAGCAGAACUCAAUGCAAAUUAAGUAAACCAUAGCAGUAGUAUUACCUGUGAGCUUUUGUUUGGUUAUUACAUAUAUAAGCAAGAACCAACUAUUAAUGAUAAGAAGACUAUUACAUGCAAGAGUCCUUCCUCUCUUUCCAACCUGAAGAAUAUGACACUUCAGUUUGCGCUUCAGGGAAAAGAGAAACCUGCUAUUUUUCUUGUUAAGCUGCAAACUUUUUUCAGGUUUUAAAGUUAUUUAUCUUUAUAUUAUCGAAAUGCUCCGAACAGUUCAAAAUGGGGUGUACAAACUAGAUCAGAACUACAUCCAUGUUGGUGGAAAAGGGGUAAAAGAGAAAGAAAUGAGAAAAGCCUCAGAAUGCUGAAUUGUACUCCUCUGCAUCCACUUUAGAACCACUUUGGUUUGAGUUCAUUGUGCAGUCUCAGUGCUGGAUUAUAUAAUUGUUCAUUCAGUCAGUCAGUGUAAGUAGUCCUUGCAGAUUGUGGGUUAUUCUACUCUUAAACCGUGCCCAUUCUUCCAUUGUUUGCAAAGAUGUUUGGAAGCCGUACAUCUCAUCUGUCUGCUACUUUAGAAAAAAAAAAAAACCCCAGUGUGAAUACUUGGAGUGGGCAAAUUGUUUCUCUUUGCUCCAACGCCUUAUUCUAUUCCUUAUUGCCGCCUUACACACCUCCCCUCAGCUCACCUCAGCUCAGCCCUCACAGCUGGACUCUAAUAACUUCUAUUGUGCCUUGUUGCCCCAGUUGAGUUGUGUCGUAGCACAUCCACCAACGUGGCCGUGCUACAUGCAGUAGCAUCAUCCUGAACGGCCAUCAUAGCCCACAGCCACAAAAACAAUAUAAUAAUCAGUACACAGGGAGCUUAUUGAUUGUUUUCUGUUGCCUCAUUCGAGUCACGUGUAGGAUUUCCCACACCCACUCCCCACAUACAGAUUAGCUUGACGAAACCCUUAUUAUUACUGUCUUAAAGCUUUGAUUAUUUUAUUUUUUUCAUUCCAAAACAUGACUUCAUGUUUUUUUUUAAAACUUUAUUUACGAUGAAAGAAAUUGAUGUGCUUUUUUAAAGAAAAAAUAACAUAAAUGGUUCUGGCUGUAUGUAUAAAUAUCCUGUCCAAGUAACCCUAUCUACCCACAACACAGUUGAAUGAUAUAAAGAAGAUGUUUGUAUAUGUGAUGCUCUGCCGUGCUGUGCUUGGCAAAUCUAUAUCUAAAAGAGGAGGGGCACUGUGGGUCUCGUCAGUACAGUACAAAUGCUCCGUUGUAUGAUCGGAAAUUUCUGACACUGUUUGUGUGAGUGAGUGAGUGUGUUGUUGUGUGAAUUGUGGGAUGUAAGGGGAGGUGACAUUUGUAGAAACAUCCUGCCCCCUGUACUUCCUGGCAGAUUUGAUGUCACACCUGUUCUCCAACAGUAGGAACAGUGAGACCUGAGCCUGCAGAGACAAAGACAUUACAUCUGUCAGUUCCUCUUUAACACGACUGUGUCUGUGUGUGUGUGUGGGAGCAAGUGCAUUGUACAUGAAGGAAGUGCUGUCAGGAUGGGCCACUGUAGAAUUCUAGUUAGACUUUCACCUGCUGACAACCUGUACAGAGCUCUUAGGGAGAUGAUACUGUCCCUCUGUGUGCUCUAACUACUAACAAUAUUAACUGUAGCUUUGAAAUCAGCGUACUAAUAUUGUUUGGAGAUCUCCUUUGAGGUUUGCACACUGUGUGAAAACCAAUUUUUUCUUUUUUUUUGUGUGUAUUUUUUGUGCUGUAUUUUUGAAUAAUAAAAGUCCAUGAAAUUAAGAAAGAAUA